GCGGGCGGACGGGCAUGCGCCGAGCGGCGCCGGCGGGCAGGAAGGGGUCGCCGGCACAGCUGCUCCGGGCCCCGCUGCCCAAAAUGGAGGCGGCGCGGUGGCCCCUACGCUGCUGCCGCUGCCGGGGCGGGCAGGGCGCAGGUGCAGUGUCUCAUCUUUCCUGAUAACAGCGCUAGAAGGUUAUGGAUGAAGUCAGUAAAAGCAGGCACAUUGAUUAGAAAGUCAGAUCUCUUACACAUUUGCAACAAGACCUGCACUGAGGAUUAAAAAUGGAGUGGUUUACACUGCUCUUUUUUCAGAUAUCCCAGUGAUAUAUGAGUGAUAUAACUGCAACAUCAGUUACUGCCACCUUGUCUACAUUCAUCUUCCCAGAGGAGUUUUUGUUUUGAUGCCCAUCGGGGGAUGUCACACACGGAAAACUGGUGGAAGCAGCAGCUCAAAGCACUAUAUAAAGAUACCAAAAGCUUCUGAAUCUUCAUAAAAAUAUCCCUGUCAAGCCAGAUGGAGCAAUGUUACAGAAGCAGAAAGCAUCAAGAUAAAGACACAGAAAUGACGGAGUUUUGGCUGAUUUCUGCUCCUGGCGAAAAAACCUGUCAACAGACAUGGGAGAAACUACAUGCAGCAACUACAAAAAAUAACAAUCUUUCUACUAAUUCGAAGUUCAAUAUUCCGGACUUGAAGGUUGGCACACUGGAUGUUUUGGUGGGACUGUCAGAUGAACUGGCUAAACUGGAUGCGUUUGUGGAGGGUGUUGUAAAGAAGGUGGCUCAGUAUAUGGCUGAUGUUCUAGAAGACAGUAAAGAUAAAGUUCAGGAGAAUCUUCUGGCUAAUGGAGUUGACUUGGUCACCUAUGUAACAAGGUUCCAGUGGGAUAUGGCCAAAUACCCAAUCAAGCAAUCCUUGAAGAAUAUUUCAGAAAUUAUUGCAAAGGGAGUAAACCAGAUUGACAAUGAUCUGAAAGCAAGAGCCUCAGCAUACAAUAAUCUGAAAGGGAACCUUCAGAAUUUGGAAAGGAAAAAUGCGGGAAGCUUGCUAACCAGAAGUCUUGCUGAUAUUGUAAAGAAAGAGGACUUUGUACUCGAUUCAGAAUAUUUGGUCACGUUAUUAGUGAUUGUACCAAAGGUAAAUUAUAAUGACUGGGUUAAGCAAUAUGAAACACUAGCAGAGAUGGUUGUACCACGUUCCAGCAAUGUACUCUUUGAGGAUCAAGAUAGUUACCUUUGUAAUGUCACCUUGUUCAGGAAGGCAGUGGAUGACUUCAAGCAUAAAGCCAGAGAAUAUAAAUUUUUGGUCCGUGACUUCCAGUAUAAUGAAGAAGAGAUGAAAGCGGAUAAAGAAGAAAUGAAUAGACUGUCAACUGACAAGAAGAAACAGUUUGGGCCUCUCGUUCGGUGGCUGAAAGUUAAUUUCAGUGAAGCUUUCAUUGCAUGGAUUCACGUGAAAGCACUGCGAGUUUUUGUUGAAUCUGUUUUAAGGUAUGGUUUGCCCGUUAACUUCCAGGCAAUGCUGCUUCAGCCUAAUAAGAAAACAAUGAAGAAGCUGAGGGAGGUUUUGUAUGACUUAUACAAACACCUUGACAGCAGUGCAGCAGCUAUCAUUGAUGCAACUAUGGAUAUUCCAGGCUUAAACCUCAGUCAGCAGGAGUAUUACCCAUAUGUGUACUACAAGAUCGAUUGUAAUUUGCUGGAAUUCAAGUAAAAGUUCCCUAACAUAACAGUCUUCUCAGUGUUGGUGUAAACAAACAGAAGUGAGGUUGAAGUACAGUAAUACUUUUAACACCCUGCUAAUCAUAUGCUUGCUUCUUACGUUAGGUGAAUUUAACACACAGUGGUCCAUCUCCAGACAUUUUCUUUUAAAGAACGGUGUAGGUAAUCUGCUUUUAAUCAAUUAUGUCUGUAAAUGUAUAUUGAGAGAAUUGAAGUAUUUAUAAACAGAGUGAUUUAUUUAAGGAAAAGCUCAUUCCUCUUUCAUAUGGUGGUCUGUGUUAAUUCCAUUUACCAUUGUUUAUCAAAAAAACUUGUUUACAGAAGAAUAGUGUAAAUGUUCAUGGCCAUUUUGUUAAUUUGAUUUAGUAGAUACAAUUGUGUUAACGUUGUUGAACUGUGAUGUAAAGUAUGUAAAAUUGAUAUGAAAUUGUGCUUUCUGAAUGGUUUAAAAUUACAAUCGAAGCACUGUAAACACAGGAAAAAAUAAACAUACCUGUGCAAA